CGAUAAAGUGCUGCGGUAAUUUACUGACAAACAACUAUGUCAUCAUCUGUAGAAAGUUUAGAAAGGACAUAUCAAGAUGAUUAUGAACCAUUCGAGCAUCGUAAAAUUGAGAAACCAAAUACAACUAUUGGCAGCUUCAUUCACAUAAUUAAAGGGUCUCUCGGGACAGGAAUUAUGGCUAUGCCGUUGGCAUUCAAGAAUGGUGGUUUGUUGAUGGGAUCAAUAGGAACCGUGGUGAUUUGUGUUCUUUAUACACAUUUUAUUCAUUUACUGGUUAGUACAUCUCAGAAAGCAUCCAAACGGAGCCAAGUGCCCAUGCUAGGAUUUAGUGAGACAGCGAGAGACGUGUUCAGUAAAGGACCUACUUGUGUGCGACCUUACAAAAACUAUGCAUCGGGAUUCAUCGAUUGGAUGAUGGUGAUUGAUAGCUUUCUAACGGCUUGUCUGUACAUUGUUUUCAUUUCAAAAUCACUGCGGGACGUGCUUCACAACCAACUGCAGAUCGAUUGGGAUACACGAGUUUACAUAUUACUGCUUCUCGUUCCAUUGCUAAUCAUUAUCCAAGUUCGAAAACUGAAACACUUGGUUCCGUUCACGGCGGUCGCCAUCACGUUGAUCAUUACGUCAGUAGGAAUUUCGCUGUAUUUCGUUUUCAGUGAACCAAUCGUUUUAUCCGAUAAAGAACUGUGGCCAAAAUGGACAACUAUACCGACUUUUAUAAGUACCGUUCUCUUCGCAAUCUCCGGAAUCAACACAGUUCUACCGGUAGAAAACAAUAUGAAACAUCCAAAGCACUUCCUGCGCACAUUUGGAGUCAUGCAGUGCGCCUUUGGAUUCCUAACGGUUUUCUACGGAAUAACAGGAUUCUUCGGAUACGCUAAAUAUGGAGAGGCUACCAUGGGAUCCAUUACACUCAACUUGCCAAGCGAUAACGGUUGGGCAGAGACAACCCGAUUGAUCUCAGCAAUGGGCAUCUUCGUUGCUUUGGGAUUUUCCCUCUACGUUCCGUUGGAGAUCGUGUGGCCACAGGUCGAAAGCAGAGUACCUCUGAAAUGGCACAACUGGGGACAGAUAACGAUGCGUUCGGUGCUCGCGGUUGCCAUGAUCGCAGCAGCAUUCAUUGUGCCGGAGAUCGAGCCAUUUAUAGGACUAUUGGGAUCGUUCAGUGUAGCAGCUCUGUCUAUACUAUUCCCGGUGGCCAUGGAUUUGAUAUUCCGAUGGCCGAAUGACUUCGGAGUUUUUAAAUGGCAUUUGAUAAAAGAUAUUCUUCUGUGCGUGUUUGGGCUUUUUGUGCUUAUCGUUGGGACACAUUUUAGUAUUUUGGACAUCAUUGAUAUAUAUCAGUAAACGAACGAGUGUUUUUAAGGUUGUAUAUAUUAUGCUAGAAUAGAAUCGCAUCAAAACAAAUAAA